AGGGCGGUUACUAGGCGGCCGCAGGUAGCGGGGCUGGUGCAGACGGUUCGGAGCGGUGGUCGGAGCUGUUGGUGGCCCCGCGGCUGAGCCGGGCCUGCAGGGUAACUCGGGUAGCACGUGGAUCCAGGUGGUGACAAUUCUGCUGUGGACUGGCAAUUAUUUCUGGCUUGGAUAAAAAGUGAAAUUGGCUCAAAAUGAGUGCGAUGUUGGAAACCCCUGAGCUGCCAGCAGUGUUUGAUGGGGUGAAGCUAGCUGCAGUUGCUGCUGUUCUGUAUGUCAUUGUUCGCUGCUUGAAUUUAAAAAGCCCAACUGCCCCUCCUGAACUCAUUUACCAGGACUCUGCUUUGGCCCGCUUUCUACUCAAAUCCUGCCCACUUUUGACCAAAGAGUACAUUCCACCCCUGAUCUGGGGAAAGAGUGGACAUAUUCAGACUGCCCUUUAUGGAAAAAUGGGGAGAGUGAGAUCGCCACAUCCGUAUGGACUUCGCAAGUACCUCACAAUGCCAGAUGGAGCAACAGCCACCUUUGAUCUCUUUGAGCCACAGUCUGAACACUGCAUUGGAGAGGAUGUCACAAUGGUAAUCUGCCCCGGGAUUGCUAACCACAGUGAAAAGCAGUAUAUCCGCACUUUUGUUGACUAUGCGCAAAAAAAUGGGUACAGAUGUGCUGUCCUGAAUCACUUGGGAGCUUUACCAAAUAUUGAGCUCACUUCUCCACGAAUGUUCACAUACGGUUGCACCUGGGAAUUUGGUGCCAUGGUUAAUUACAUCAAGAAGACCUACCCUCAGACCCAGCUCGUUGUUGUGGGCUUCAGCCUGGGUGGAAACAUAGUGUGCAAAUACCUGGGAGAGAGCCAGGCCAACCAGGAGCGAGUCCUGUGCUGCGUCAGCGUGUGCCAGGGGUACAGUGCACUGAGGGCACAGGAAACCUUUAUGCAGUGGGAUCAAUGUAGAAGAUUUUAUAACUUCCUCAUGGCAGACAACAUGAAGAAGAUCAUCCUUUCUCACAGGCAAGUUCUUUUUGGAGAUAACGUGAAGAAGCCACAAAGCCUGUCAGAUGCUGAUCUGAGCAAACUCUAUACAGCAACAUCCCUUAUGCAGAUUGAUGACAACGUUAUGAGGAAGUUCCAUGGCUACAGUUCCUUGAAGGAAUACUAUGAAGAAGAAAGCUGCCUGCAUUACUUGCACAGGAUCUAUGUUCCUCUUCUGUUGGUUAAUGCUGCUGAUGAUCCUCUUGUGCAUGAGAGUCUUCUAUCAAUUCCAAGAGCUCUUUCAGAGAAAAAGGAGAAUGUCAUGCAUGUGCUGCCCCUUCAUGGAGGCCAUCUGGGAUUUUUUGAAGGGUCUGUACUAUUCCCAGAACCUCUUACCUGGAUGGAUAAGCUUGUGGUACAGUAUGCCAAUGCCAUCUGCCAGUGGGAAAAGACAAAGUCUCAGUGCUCGGACACAGAGCAGGCUGUAUCUGGCCAGGAGUAAUUGACCCAAAGACUCUGGAUCACUUUAGUGUAUCUCCCCCUUUGGGAACACAUUGUUCCCUCACCUGCUGCUUCAGGUUUCCAUUCUCUUUGGUAUCCUAUGGCUGGGGUCUGAUCACAAUGUUUUCUUCCAAAGUGGAGUUAAAGCAAAGAUUAGUAUCUGGUCAGAGCAUCUUUGCAUAUAUAGUCACUUGGGUUUGUAAUUUACUGCUCUGCUUGAAGAGUUAGGUUGCUGACUGUGACUUGCUACAGGAUUACUGAGCUAAAGACUGCUUGCUUUAAUAUAGCAGAAGUUUCAAAUGUCACAAUCUCUUCACCUGUGGGUCAAAAACUUGAUUUGCAGUGUUUGUUUAGGUGUAGAUGACAGGGUAACAGUUGACUGUUUUCAGCUGACCUGGUGCUGGAAAAAUCCUGUACCAAGCCACAAGCCAGUGAGCAGUUCAGUCCAGGCCACUGAAAUGUGGGCUGGAAAAACAGAUGCUUGACUACAAAUGGAGUUCCAGCCUUGCACCAUCUCAAGGGAAGCCUUUUAGUUCCUAGGAAUGCACUUACAUAAUUGAAUCAGUUUUAAAAUACUUAACUUUUCCAUGCUUCAGCUGUCUGUGGAUUGAGGUGUCUUUAUGCUGGGAGUCCAAGUAGAGAAAAGCUGCAGGCUGGUAAUAACAGUUAAAGUUUCUGUCUGAACAUGUUCUUGCACCAAGACCAGAUCAGUCACCUUCUCAUGAUCUUUGCCUCUUUUUAAAUGUAGUCAUCUUCUUAGUACUAGAUUUUUUUUUGUUUGACCCAGGGCUUUUUAAAGCUGGCUGUGGCUUCCAAAUGGAAACCAGGGAUUCGGAAUCUGCAGGAUCUUUGUGACAUUGAUCUGCUUUAAAGAAUAUUUUGUAAAGAAUUAGGUACUCUGUUAAGGGUUAAUUUGGUUUUGGUGGUGGGGUAGGGUAUUUAGAUUUAUUCCCCUAAUAUUAGGGUAAAUAAUACAAGAAUUCUUCCCCUUAGCUUUCAAAGCAUCAAAUGGUUUUCAGACACAUGAGUUGCCUUAUAUUUGGUGGGGAACUGGAUGUCUCUAGCCCUGUGCAACUACAGUGAUAUCUUUGCAUGGCUAACUACUCCCAUAUCGAUGUAAAUGUCGUAGGAUUACUGGCUCCAGUAAGACACUGGGCUCUUCCUCACUUGAAUUGCUUUUCCACACCCAGACAUCCUCUUCUAGUUUUAAUGUGCAAAGUGAAGUCUGAAAGCUGUUUGCAGGAAAGAUGCCUACUCACUUGUGCUUUUCCCUCAAGUGGCUGUUAUGGUCUGUGCAGAGAUGGUUAUUAAAGACCAUAGUCUACCCCCUGGAAGGAAAGCAGUCCCAUGGCAAUCUGGAGACUGAAACUUUGAGGUCAAAAUCUUUUAGUUUGUUCUGUCAGUGGUGUUGUCUCACUAAUUCAUCCUUAGGACUUCUUUAUCAGUGUCAGUGAAGUUCUUUUCCUGUCACACUUCCCACUCUAUUAGCACUUUACUGCUUCAGCCUUGGUCUGUGUUCCAGGCACUUCAGUUUAUAGCUUAAGGGUGAAACAAGCAGCAAGACUUCAGUCUGGUAAUACAGGGGAACAAGCCUUCUGGACUGUCCUGUCCCUAAACCUUCAGUAGGUUGGAGAGGUGGGUUUUUGUUUUAAUAAAGCAAUAAUUAACUAUUGUAGCAAAGGUGCAUUAUCGUAUCAGGAAACUCCUUUCAUUUGCCUUAGGCCAGACACCUUGGCCUGUUACAACAAACUGUGGGUAUCUACACAUUCUCCUUAUUAGUAAAUACAGGUUUCCUUUUUUUCUUCGAAGAAAAGAUGUGACCAAGUAAAGCUAUAGCAAGACUUGGCCAUGGUUGUGGCUGUUCCUUUAGAACUAUUUUAGGGCAUCAGUUAGCAAGGAUAUUCUUGGCUGAUGGAUAUCUUGUCUCUAUGUUGUUAUAGUCUUAUUCAUACUGCAUCUGUAUAUCACUAAAAUCUGUCAUAAAAGACACUUCAGAUUUUUGCUUAAGUAGAUGUUCAUGUAAUAAUCAUUGGAUAUGACUUAAAUACCUUCUCACUUUAACAGAAGUGGAGUGUAAACAACACUUGUAAGCAUCAAAUAGAUACAGGAUAAAUUUAGACAUGUAGAGGUAUAUGGUUUUUAUCUCCAAUGGGUUACAACUUUCGAAGUGUUUCAGAUUUCACAGUAUACUACAGCUGUAGCUUACACAGGUCAUGGCUGUCUGCCUUGAGGAAACAAAACUGCCCUUCGUGUGCUUCGUGUGUCAUUCCUCAAUCGACCUUUACUAUGCUGAGGUGAGCAUCAACUUCAGAUGGCUCUAGGGGAGCAGAGGUUGUCCUUGGUACCAAUACUGCUGUUGAGGUGAAGAGCCAGCCAUAUGACCCAACAUGUGGUUACCUAUGAAUGAAAGGUCAGCGUGUGUCUGACCUCCUUUUGAGAGUAAAGUGUCUGCCUUCCUCAACUGGAGAGCCUUAUCAAAAGCAGAGGCGCUCUGGCCAGCUCCCCAGGUGGCUGAAGCUCUGUCAUCUUCCCCAGGACUCCAGGCUGGCAGAGCAGUUCAGUGGUUGACUGGCCCAGAACAUGAGUCAGGAGGGUGAGAACUGGCUGGGUGCUGCCUGGGGAGGUUAGUGCUGAGGCUAAGCAAGUGUUUUAGCUCUGCUUUUUGACUGCAUCAUGCCAGUUGCUCCUGAAUGCACAGCUUUGUCCUGGGAAGCUUUUCCUUGGAAAAAAAAUCUUCUUUACAAAAUGGAAUGAAGAAAACUAUUCUUGGCGGACCAGACUUUCAAAUGUUUUUUUCCAUUUCUGAGAUAUGAGGAAGCUGCCACCUUGUCCAAUGUACCCUUGUUUCAAACAAAUUUCACCACAGCAGGUGGCCAGUCAAUGACUGGUUUUUAAGCAAGUCUUCUAAAAUGAGGUGAGCAACUAGGCAGUUCUCAAAGCAGCAGGAGCUGUAGCUUUGUCUGAUCAAAUAGAGAUAUUUUUUUUUUUUUCCCCUCCCUUGAAAAGACUUUAAAGAAUCUCCUUCCUGCCCCACAACCCAAGCCUUCAUACUUCGGAAGUGCUGAUGCUGUGGACUUUCUGAAACUCUUAACUACAGAAGUAAUAGGGGUUUCUUGCUCAUUUGAACUGUUUCUGCACUUGCAUCUACAGCUGUUCAGACCACUUGUGGCUUGACAAACCAAUUCUAGCCUGUUUGGGGAAGAGAAGCUUUUGUUAUAGCUUAUUUGUGCAAGGUUUCUGGAGCCUGAGGUUCAUCUUAACCAAGCUUCUUGUAGAUGGAAGCAGUUAGGAGGAAAAACAUUCCAUCUCACCCAAUGUGAUGCUGCUUUCAAAGCAAGACUAGUGGUGUCAGACUCACAGCAGUAACUUAAAGAGAUCUUAAGGAUGAGGGAGAGGAGAAAAUUAAGCUGCAGUGCUCUAAAGACCUUCAAAUAAGAGAAUUCUAUAUUAAAUCUUGCUGCUAAGAGUGAUGGGCAACCCCAAGAUGUGUGGGACUUUGUCCAAUCAGAAAUACUCUUCUCUCAAAAAAUACUAGUCUUGUGACAUGGGCAAGUGGCUUUCAUCUGCCCAGCGAACUCAACCUUAAGUGGAUUCUGAAUUUUUAAGUCUCAGAGGUCAAGCUGCCUUUUUUUCAUCUUUUGUCAAGACACGUGAGGCUGAAGUGUACACUUGUAGAUCAUUACAGUAUAGUCUGAUAGUGCAGGUCAAGAUUACAGCAUGAUGAAUCUGUCAUGCUCUGUUUAGUUUCAAACUGGGCUUAGAAAAAGCAUUAGCAGAGCUCUUCCACAGGUAGUCUCAUGUGGUAUACACCCCUCUUUCCUGUCACUGCACUUGAACAUAAACCCCAAGGACUCUCAAUCGGAUAGCAAGUUACAAAGCUAUUACUCUUUGGUUAGGCUGGUCCAACCAUCACCUUUGCUAGUGUCUGGAGAGACCUGAAGAUUGAAGGUGGGCAGCUGGGAAUUGCUCUUACUGAAUAAAAGGAACUUGUGGGUUCUGCUACAUCAGAUCUGCCAGCAUUUGUAAUGUCCCUUGGUUAGCUUCUAAAUUGGAGGUGCUUUCAGAUGGGUCUGGCAGUGUUGUAGUUGCACUAUGAAGACUGAAGUUUGAACUUCCCUGCAGUCUUUCCUGAGUGUUUUUCUGCAGUUGCUGUAUAUGAAAAGAUAGGUUACAAAGACAGGGCAUUAAUCAAAGAAUGUUGGGAACUGUUAGCUCCAGUACUGAACUUAGCCAAGUUAUCUGUGUGUCACCUGUUCUGGGUCUGUCACAAUUUCCUAGACCAAGCCCUUUGACACGUGGUGCCUUGCCCUUCUCCUCCCUUGACAUCAGCAUAUCUAGAGAUUUCAGUUAACAGCUCUGCCAGAGCUUUUGAGGCUUUGCUUUUUAGUAAAUUAAUUUUCAGAUGCUAGGUAGUGAGACAGUUCUGGCAAUGCAUACUGUAGAAGCGUGUGCUGACUUAAAGGACCUCUGUGGGCAGCCUACAACUAGCUACAGUCUAUUUUGAGGCUUAAAAUAACAAUGUACAUAAGCAGUGGAGAUCACUUUCAGCUCUCUGCUCCUCUAGCAGGGAUUGAGUCAUAGAAGGAGGGUUUGCUUUGCUUAAUAUGUGACUUGUUAACUUAGAAUCCCAAGGCUCUUGUGUCUGUUAAUGCUCCAGCAGCAUAGCUGGAGGUGGAUUGCCUAACUGCCUACAUCUUAAAAGACAGUGCAGAGAGUAGCAACUUCAGGAUUUAAUUGCCAAACAGUUUAGUGACCUGGAUUGCUUCCAGGUUUUUCUAGAAAUACUAUGCCAGUCUGGAACUCAUUGAAAUUCUUCAGUCUUCUUCCAGGAGAUCAGAAAAGACCCUAGCCUUGUGCUGCAUGUAUAAGUCACUUUUGUGAAGAGCAUCUUGUUUCUGGCUUGUCAUGCUCCAUAUGUCCUUACUCUUUAGGUAGGUCUGUUGGUUGAGUAGGUCGUGGAGCCACAGUGACUCAAAGCAGUGUCUCCUUCAUGGCUUCUAGCUGAAAAGCAAACAGCCCUUCUUGGCAUGAGGACUUCCUGAGUUUUCUCCAAGCUUAGAAUGCCUCAGAGCAACACCAGCCCAAGGGGAGGGUGCCUUGUAAUUGUACCCCUUUUAUCACCUGGACCUUUUCAGCUGCUGGGGUAGCUUAGGUGUAAGUGCCAUCAAUGAGUUAAAGCAGUUGCCAGCUUUCCACACUGUGGUAGAAGGGUUUCUAGGGUUAUCCUGAACCGUUGCAUUCUGAAUAUCUGUAUUCUUGGUUUUGCUGGUUAAUCAAUGAACACAAACACUGCAGUCCAGGGCAGCAUUUAUCAGGUUGGCUCUGCUAGUAUUGAACAGCCUUUUUCACAUCUAUCUGAUAACACACUAAAAGCUCCAACCCAUCAUUUGUGGGUAAAGGCUUUUCUUUCUUUCCCACCCAAUGGCCUUGCCUAACCCAGGUAGUUGAAAUGCAGUAAGGAGCCUGAUCCUGCAGAGUGGCUCUACACAAAGCCUUUUUGCUUCUGUCUGAAUGACAAGCUUGCAUUGUCUCUCUGGUCAUGCAAGAGCUUUGAUUAGGUACAGAACUUCCUUCUAGGAUCUAUACUAUAGUUCUGUUGGGAUGUUGACCCUCAUGGCUCCUGCUAACUGGGAAGUCUUUUUUUAAAAAAAAGCCAAACAAAACCCAGUUGUAGUUAAUAUAACCAAAGUCUACUGCCCAAGUCAGCAGCUUUCCAAAGAAGUAUGAUUUCUCAUUGUGUUACUUGACAGCUUGAUCGUAAUGUCUAGUGACAGACCACUAAAUAUUCUUCUUGAGAAAACGUAACCUCUUUCUCUGACAAUCCCAAGCUGAGGUGGUGUGCAGGGAGCCUAGGAAGAACAGACCUGUGCCCUUGUUUUGCCCAUGCAGCUGUGCUAGAACAGGCUGAGUGACUUCUAGUGAUCUUGGUGAGUAGUUAACUAUGAAAAUGUUUUCAAAUUGGCAAAAUUAUACUUUGCAACCAUCUCUAAAUGCUGCCCUGCAAAAAGCUUGUAUACUGAGACACUCUCCCCGCUGCCAUGUUCUGAGUCAGAUUCUCUGGAGCUGAGAGCUGCAGGGAAGAUGAUUUGCAACUAGCAAUGCAAUUUUUCUAUAUCUGCUGAUGUUUACCUUUGAAAUUAUAUAUAUAAAACAAUGUCUGAUUUUUUCUUUAAUUUUUGUUUGUGUGGUGUAAAAUGGAGGUCAUUGCAAAACAAAAUGUAAUUUUGUUAUCUUUGAUUCAGUGAGAUUUCUUUAUUUAAAAAUAAAGGACUUAUUGAAGUCA